CAAGGACCAGCGAAGGGCGUGUGCAGCGAGUCAGAGAGAAGAGCCAGCAGCAGCCCAGCGACACACACCCGCACCACACCGCCGCUACUCACACUCUGGGCGAGACGGGCGGCGGAGGCAGACGGGCGGGAGGCAGGCGAGCAUUGGAAACGUAAACAGCAGCAGCAGACGCAGGGCGGCCGGGCGGAGGGAUGGACGCGCCCCGCUGGAAGACCCUCGCGCUGCCGUUGGGAGGCGCCCUGCUGCUGACGGGGACUGCAGGGGCCCUCUACUACUACCUCACCAGACAAGAUGGCAAGAAGCCUGAGGUGGGGCAAACCAAGGGCAGCUUUGAGAUCACAGCAAGGAUGGAUGUACCACAGAAGGCGUUGGGCCUCGUCAUCGGGCGGCAUGGCUCCAAUGUGAACCUGAUCCAGAGGAGUACGAAUACUAAGAUCAACUUUUCUGAUGAAAAGAAUGGCAAGCAGACAUGUAUAAUUGUUGGCUCCCCGGAGAACAUCAGCUUGGCUCGCGAGCUUAUCAAGAAAGCAAUCAACAGCCAACCUGUUAUUGAAGUCUCAGAGAUGAAGGUUCCAUGUAUGGCCAUCAGCCGCAUUAUUGGAAGAAAUGGUGAUACAGUUCGCUCUAUUUCUCACACCACUGGAGUUAAAAUCACAGUAGUAAAGGAAGAAGAGUUUUCCAGUUCCCCAACUUCCUGUGAGGAUAUGAGGCGGAUAAUUCUCAAGGGCACCAAAGAGCAGAUUGAAGCAGCCAAGAUACAGCUUCUGGAGAAGGUGGCUGAAGCAGAAGAAUACAGGCAAAAAAUCAGUGCAUCUGCAAACAAGAUGUCCCUACGUUUUCGAGGACGUCAGGGAACACAGGAAAGUGAGACCAGCCCAUCCUCCCUGAGCAGCAAUGGAAGCGUUCAUCAGGAGGCGCUCUCACCCCAUGGCAGAGACAAGUACAUAGAGGCUUAUGUGUCUGCUGUGAACUCUGCCACACACUUCUGGCUGCAGGUUGUUAGUCCCAGAGCCAUCCAGCUAGACAAGCUAGUGACAGAGAUGACUGAAUAUUAUAGCGAUAAAGAAAACAGAGAACUACAUCAAUUAGAUAAGGUCACUGUUGACAGCAUAGUUGCAGCCAAAUUUCCACAUGAUGACUCCUGGUAUAGAGGGAGAGUGUGUAGCUUUGAACCUAAUGAAAAAAAUCUAGAAGAGAGUCAAGUCACUGUUUAUUAUGUUGACUUUGGUGACACAGAAACCAUCAAGAUUGACACUGUGUGUGAACUACGAACAGAUUUUCUGAGGCUCAGCUUUCAAGCAAUUGAGUGUUUUUUGGCAAACAUUGACCCUGAGAGUGCCCAGAGUGAAGAAGCAGCUGAUGUUUUUGAAGAACUUACGUAUGCCUCCCAGUGGAAGGUGGUCAUGGUCAAUGUGGUGGGAUACAAGCAACAGGGUAGCACCACUAUACCCUGUGUUGAAAUUACUGACAGUAAUGGACCAACGGAUGUUCAUGUUUCUGAGGAGCUGGUGAAGAGAGGUUUGGCAACAUUUAGUAAAGACAAUAAAUAAGUAGUAAAUAAGCAGUAGAAAUAUGAAAAUGGGUGGCAAAUUCAUGCACUUGAUCCCCUUGAAAGUGGUGGCUCUGUUGCUGCAGCUUUUUAUAAGAGGUUCUAAGAAGGUAAGUUUUCCUUAUACUCAACACUCAUGCCACAUACGUACAUAGAUACCUGAUAGCAAUUUGACAUGUUUAAAAUGCUAUGUUGCUGAUUAGGAUGACAUAAAUCAUCCUUAUAAUAUACAAUGUAAUUGAUAUGUCUGAAAUAUGACACCUAGUAAUAUACAUAAUUAGAUUAUGGAAGAAACACCUAGGAGCCAAAGAUACUUAUGUUAUAUUCAGGGUGUAUGACAGGAUGCUCAGUUCUCCACUGUUUCUCUGGUUUCCACUCUUUCACUUGUAAGGUGGAUUGAAAGGAGUAUGUAAUGAAAAUUGUGGGAGGAAAGACAUGAGUAUUGCAGAAAGGAAGUGUAUAAAUGGGGAAGGAUUGGAUGGCCAUCCCGUCCAGGGGAGUUCCUUCAGGUAACAGUGUAUUAGAAUUUGAGAUAGAUAACGUCGUGUCUUGUUAUCGCUGAUGUACUGGGUGCGUGCCAUAUCAGCCUUCCUUCAAAGUUAAAUGUCACAAACUUUCUUUCAACUUAUCUCAAGUAGGCUAAAUGGAAACCACACUUCUGUUGUAGGAAGACAGGUGCUUUGAAUAUGAAAUCAGUUACAAACACUUUAUUUAAUCAUUAUCUGAUGCACUGUUCCUUCUUAAAACUCUCGAGGGAAUGGCACCUUACCUCUUGUGUCAUUUAUGCCCUAAUUUCUGUGAUAAAGUCAAUCCCCUCUUUACCUCCAUGCUUACACUUCCACCUUUCAUGAUUCAAUGAACUCAAUGAUCCUUGUCUUCACAGAUCUCUCCUAUUUCUUCUCCAGUGAUUCCGUACUUAGAGCACCCUCACCCUUUCUAAGAUUACCUGACUAAUUGUAGUAUUAUUGUACUUAGUCUACACAUUCUGUAAGGUGUUUCAAAAUUAGUUACUUCAGCUUAUUUACAAAAAAAUCACUUCUCUUUGCAGAAUUUAUUCUUAAGCCUGUACAAAGAAUGUUAACCCCUUUGACCCAGGGUUAGGUUUAUAGAUGCAGGUACUGGAUUCAGGAGACAGACCUCCCUCUUCUCUCCACCCCACAGGAUUAUUACAGUUACUGUUAUACACUUCCCUCUCCUCCUUAUAACAGGCUUCAGCAUUAAUAGAUUAAUUAUUCACAAUGAUUUCCUGAGGAUGACAAACCACAGAGAACAGCUAUAAGCCUGUUUUUUUUUUUUUUAUGAUACUAAUUAUGGUAUGAUGUAUAGAUUCAUCACUGUAUUGAAGAGGUUAAAGCUAUCAGGACUAAGGAGACCACUUUUGAGCUUCCUUCUAUUGUACAUUAAACUCAUCCACUUUUUAAAAUUCUUACUUUUGGCCAGCAGGUCAUUGUAAUCUGCAAAGAAACUUAUAGUAGUGCCCCAUCACCCCUACUCAUGCUUUCAUCUCAUAUACCCAUCCAUGUAAAUAUUAAAUAGCCAAAGUGACAUAUCACACCCAUGCUUCAAUCCUAAACUGAUUGUCUCUUGAUCAUUAUUUUAUUAACUUACUCAUUUUCACUAGCUUCAUUGUAAAUUUUUUUCCUUGAGUUAGCAUCCAUGUAACCCAUAUAUUUCCUUUAGUGUGGUGUUGGUGGUCUCAUCAGAAAAGGUAGGAGAGGGGUGUAGGGUUUCAAGGUUAAAGGAAUAGAAGAUAGGGUUUCAGGAUGCAAGACAGAGAAAGGAUCAAGGAGAUAGGAGAGAAGGAGGGGAACAGCAGGAGAGGGGGUGGAUAGAAGCAGGAGAAGAGGUAGUAGGGUCAGUUAAGGAAGAUUUAGUGGUGGAGUAAACUAACGGAGGAGCAGGCUGGGAGAGGGGAACAGCUGUGAAGCCGAGGCUUCUUAUUGGUCUUCUUUUUGAGUGGACAUGUCUGAAGCUGAGGGCAGCAAGCAUUGAUUCAAAGUGGUAGGAAGGACAACCAUGAUACUAAAAUUUUUAUCCUCCAUUGCAGUUUGCACAGACACAUGUUUGCAAACUCCAACCUUACAUUUCUCCACCUUGUCCGUGCCAAAACUGCUGGCAAUUUCACAACUGCUAAACACUGGACACUGCUCUCUGUGAUCGCUCAACUUGCCAUAAAGAAA